AUGAGCACUGUACACGACAUCGACAAUGAAUUUCUACUCCGGCGAAUUCUGGUUUGGACUCACUUUGCUGAACGCAAAUUGACAGCCUGGGAGCUCCAGCAUGCUGUUUCAAUUGACCCAAAUUCUCAAGAAGGGAAUUUAGUUGAUGUACCAGAUCUUGAUCGAAUGAAAGAUGUAUCGAAUGGAAUGUUGGUACUGGAUGAAUCUACUGGCGUAUUUGAGGUUAUUGGUGGAAGAUCGUUGCAGUACCUUGCUACAAGAAUGCCUGACGUGAUGGCAAAUACUCAAACCGACAUUGCCAGGGCAUGCGUCGCGUACCUAAAGUUCCGCGUCUUUCAACGUGGUAUGUGUAAUUCCGACGGAGAGUUCGAGACCAGACAGCUAGCGAACGCGUUCCAUGAGUACGCGGCUUGCUACUGGGGACAUCAUGUGCGAGAGGCCGGACUCCAAGCACAGAAAGCUACCCAACUCAUGUCAGAUAUCGAGCCUAAUUGGGAUAGGAACCCCCGGCAGUCUCCCGUAAAUCUGACGAACUUCAGUUUUAGAGAGUACAGGGCCUUGAAACAAGAGGUUCUACGGUUUCUUGGGGGUGGGCCUUGCUUUUGGGCUGCUGUUCAAACUCUCAAGUCAAUCGGCCCUUAUCACGUCAAGAUGUUGGCCACCGAUAACGGAAGAUUGAAGAAAGAUCAGCCCGUGCUCCCUCAAUACAGCCAGAAAGUUCCAGAUGGAAUGACAGGUAUGCAUGUCGCGGCCUGGUUUGGCUUAGCUGACAUUAUUCCUGGUCUAGUUGAAUCAGAGAUGCAUCCAGACACCAAAAGCAGCUGUGGACGCACACCGCUAUCCCUGGCAGCCAGUAAUGGACAUAGGAAAACGGUAUCCAUUCUCGUUACCAAGUAUAGGGCGGAUCCCAGGUCCAAGGCAGACCGCGGAUUCACUCCACUGCAUUUUGCUGCCUGUGGAGGCCACGCAGACGUGGUGCAGUACUUGACCGAUAUUGGAGUGGAUGUCGAUUCAUACUCAGACUAUGGGCUGUCGGCCCUUUCGUGUGCUGCAAUGUAUGCGAAGGAGGAGGUGGUGCGUAUGCUUCUUAAUAAAGGUGCGAACGUCAAUUCAGUUGAGUUCGUUGGCCACCAGACGCCAUUGAUUUUUGGUGUCAUCGGUUGCAGCGUGUUUGUUGUUCAGAUGCUGCUGCAAAGAGCUGCUCUAGUUGAUGCGGAGGACCGAUCUGGUCGGACUGCGCUGGGUUAUGCUGCAGAUCUCGGGUGCGAAAUUAUCGCGAGGAUGCUCUAUGAGGCAAUUAUCGGAGACCCAAAAGUACUCGAUCGGCACCACUCACUCUAUGGGGAAAAGCCGCUCACAGAGUAUGGGCGUGUCCUCAUGAAGGGCAUCGUUGGUCAAUACAAAAGGUAG